AUGGCGCUGCAGGAGACCGUCCCGAUCGCAGCCCUCCAGCCCUGGCGUCCAGGACGACCAGGCGGCAGGCCCGGACGGGUCGGGCGCGGGGAGGCCUGGCCGUCCGUCACCGUCUCCGGAACGCCGUCGCCGCGGACGCUGCCCAGAGAGAGGAGCGUCCCCCUCAGGCGGGGCGGGGCCUGUGUCCCGUCGGCCCUCGGGCGGCGCAGUGCACGUCGGGAUUUGGAGGAGAGGCUGGGCUUGGGUCCCGUCGGGCGGCGCAGGGCACGUCGGGUCGGAGUAGGGAGCGACGCCCGCGAGUCUCAUUGCUCUUGGGCGGCGCUGUGCACGUCGGAGCCCGGAGGGAGCGCGGGAGGCGGGGGGUCCCGUGAGCCCCCGGGCCACGCUGUGCACGCUGGGGGGCUGGGGGGCGAGGCCUGGGUGCCUCCCGUCCCCGGGCGGCCCGGUGCACGCCGGGAGUUGGAGUUCCGCGGGUGUGGACCUGUCGCGGUCCCCCGCGCUCCUUCCCGGGCGGGUGUCCCGGGCGCCGACGCGGAGGAAGAUGACGGCGCCACGGCGCGGGGCGCCUGCGCAGACGGCCGGAGCCGGCGAGAAGCUGGGGUCACCUCGGAAGAACACGGCCUCCAGUUUAUGGCAUUUCCUCACCGUGGCCAAAGGAGUGCCGUGUGCUGCGUGACGCAGGAUGAGUGGAAACUAGACGUGGCUGCAGACAGCUUCUUACCAAACCCAGACUCUUUCCUCAAGGAGCCCAUGAGGAGCGCAGUGGACAGGAAGAAGCUGGAGCAGCUGUACGACAGGUACAGAGACCCACAAGAUGAAAAUAAAAUUGGAAUUGAUGGGAUUCAACAGUUUUGUGAUGACUUAAACCUAGAUCCUGCCAGUGUCAGCGUUUUGGUUAUAGCAUGGAAGUUCAGGGCAGCGACACAAUGUGAAUUUAGCAAAAAGGAAUUUGUAGAUGGCAUGACAGAGCUUGGGUGUGACAGCACGGAGAAGCUGAGAGCCCUUCUGCCGAGACUAGAGCAGGAGCUGAAGGACACGGUGAAGUUUAAGGAUUUUUAUCAGUUUACCUUUACCUUCGCUAAGAACCCCGGGCAGAAGGGUUUAGAUUUAGAAAUGGCUGUUGCAUAUUGGAAUUUAGUAUUAUCUGGAAGGUUUAAAUUUUUAGAUCUUUGGAACACCUUCUUACUGGAGCAUCACAAAAGAUCAAUCCCAAGGGACACUUGGAACCUUCUGCUAGAUUUUGGAAAUAUGAUUGCAGAUGAUAUGUCUAACUAUGACGAAGAAGGAGCAUGGCCUGUUCUCAUAGAUGAUUUUGUGGAGUACGCGCGGCCAGUCGUCACGGGCGCUAAGCGCAGCCCUUUCUAG